AUGCCAUCCUCAAGCUCCUCCAGGUCGUCCAAACCCAGACCAGCAGAAGUGGCAGCUGAGACCAAGAGGUUUAUAAAGAAUUCCGCAGGAGCAUUCAACGGCUAUGCCUACCUCUUCGCCCAGCCUUUGGCCAUGUCUUAUACUGAAUUCCCCCACAGGCCCACGAUGAAUCUCAACCCACCCAUUUUCUGGGUUCGUGAGGGUGAUCCUGUGGACUUUGCCACUUGCUGGUCGGCUGAGAACAACGAUACCAAGGUCGCCUUCAUCUGUGCCGCCAACGAAAACCGGCCCGGCGGUGACUGGGAGACGGGCGUUGUAGGCUACGAGGAGCGCCUGUGCCGGCGCAGCAACCUGUCACAACACCUGGCCACCCCAAAGGAGGUCAACUAUCCAAUUCCUCCUGAGGGAGGCCUGUUUUCUGAUCCCGUGGUCGUCUUCCGUGGCCCCCAUGACCGCUACGAACACCGCGACAGCUCGCAGUGGCGCGGCCUCCCCGUCGUCUCCGUGGUGCCCACGCGCUGGCCCAAGCUGCAGCACAACGGGACGCGCUACUCGUUCGAGUCGGAGCGCGACCUCGCCAAGAGGAAGCUGCGCGCCGCGCUCACCAUCUGCGUGUACAACGACAUCCGCAGCGUGGUCAUUGGCGACUUUGGCCUGGGCUCGUGCCGCAACCCGCCGCACGAGAUGGCCGAGAUGUGGCGCGAGGUGUUCCUCUGGGACCCGAACCUGCGGGGCCAGCUCGAGAACGUGGCGUUCGUGUUCGACGACCGCAGCCAGAGCACCGCGCGCCUGAUUGCCGAGGACGCCGCCAAGAAGGGCGGGCGGAGCGGCGGGUCGGGCUCGGGCAGCAGCUCGAGCAAGAGUAAGAGCAAGAGCAAGGGAACGGCCAAGGCGUCGUCAUCGUCGUCGAGCUACUCGUCUGGCCAUGCAGAUGGACAUCCGACGGAUUACGAUAUCUUCGCGUAUGUCUUUAGCAGUGCGGAGAUCAACAGGGUCUUGACGGAGCGUGACACCCGAAUGGGCGUCCAGAACCUCAUGUCCUGA